AUGAAAAAACGAGUUGAAAAAUCCUCCGUGGAUUCUGUGACCGACGAAGAACCACCUAAAACUGCAGAUGUGGAGCUGGACUUCACAGAGCUGUGCAAACUCAUGGGUGUGAAAGAGAUCCCUUCUGUGAAGAUAAAGCAGUCAACAUCUUUAGAGAGUCAAAUGACAACAUGGUCCUCUAAGCCUUGCCUCCAGAUAGAGCUGGAGAAUGAAGACCACGGCAGUGUAAAGGAAGUCAAAAUAACUGGAUGGAGGGUGGAUGAGGUGGUGCUUCAGGUGUUGAGCAGGAUAUUGUCGUCCCUCAGUAACCUGCAGUGCUUACACAUGUGGUGUGCGGGCCUGACGGAUUCCACUUUAACCUCCAUUAGAAACACGGUGUCUUUGUGCUCAAAUCUCAGGAAGGUGGUUUUAGAGGGUAAUCUACUCCCUGACCAGAGUUACCACUUACUCAUAGGGGAAGACAGCAUGUUGACGGACGUAUCACUACGUAAUAAUCAUAUAGGAGAGGAAGGAGCUCGUCUGAUUGGCUUGGCUCUGUCCACUGUACACUCUGCCAACAAAAACCUCCUGUCACUCAGCCUAGCCUUUAAUAGUAUUGGUGAUGCAGGUGCAAUUCACAUUGCUCAGGGUCUGCGUCUCAACCGUUCCCUGCUGUGUCUGUCGUUAUCCUACAAUCAAAUAGGGGAUAAUGGAGCAGCUCAUUUGGCUGAGGUGCUUGGCCCCUUUGCUCUGACACAUGAGGAGAUAGUUGAGAGGAGGAAGCUGUUAAUUAAAGGUGAAGAAUCAACAAUGGUCCAGCCAUCUCUAGUUAAUCUUGCAGACUCACAUGAGCGGCCACUUUCCGUCCGCAGCAGCUCUUCACUAGAUCGUCUCAACAAGACUACAAAGAACCCCACCAAAAAGAAGGACAACCCUAAGAAGGACGAGAAACCAGCGCCAGGUCAGGCAGCAAAGAAAGAGGAGCCAAUGGUGGCCAAGAAAGAUAAUAAAGUUCCCCGUAGUCAGGCUGGAAAAUCAGCAAGCAAAGACAAUAAUCUACUAGUAUCUGAACAAGAGGUAAGAAUAAGACAAAAACGGAAGGAAAAUGUGGUUGAGACAGUGAUUCCUCUAUUGGAUCCUGGAAUUGUGCACACUGGAGGGAAAGUCAUUCAUCCAGGAAACGCAUGCCUUACAUCUAUGAAUCUCUCAGGAAAUAAAUUGACUGAGCAGUCCCUCGAGGUGUUCCUCUCAUCUCUGGAAGGCCAGGGUGAAGGUGGGCUUCUGCAUCUUUCUCUCAACAGGAAUCAUUUCCCCUCAGAUUGUGACACCUUCCUUAAGAUACAGGAGAUUAUGUCUCUCAGGGACCCUCUAAAGAAAAACCGCUCUGGUCAGGUGGAGGAUGAACACGGUGAACCCAAGACCGCCAACGACGCCUAACAGUGUAAAUGACAAGAAGGGUUUAAUGUAUGAAAAAUAUGAAAGUUACUGCCUCAACUCAACCAGAUCAAUAAUUCAUGCUUUCAUAAUUUGUUAAUAUUUUUUAUCUUUGCUGUAUUGUAUUUUUACAUAUUCACUGACAUUAUACAUGGAGAGUUCUAGACAAAGUGUUGAAUAUUAGUUUUGAUUUGUUUUACAUUUUGAACACUGCAUGUUAUUUCACUGUUUUGAUCAUUUUCUAGUAAACUUUUCCAUUGACAUUUAAUUUAGUUGGUCUGGGCUUUUAGGGCAAAGGAUUGCUGAAACACCCUGUAUUGUUUUAUAUGUACAUUUUCCUCUGUAUUUCUGCUACACUUCUGCUGAAAUGAUGUUUUACCAAUUCGUAAUUUAAAUUGUAUUAGUUAAGAUCUUGAAAAUGAUAAUUGU